UCCAGCCACCUGAUUGGCUAGAAGUUGACAAAAAUGUGCGUGAUCCUGGAGACGAGAGGAGACAAUACAAGUAUAAUUUUAUAAACGGUACGAAGAAAACAAAGAUGGCUUUGCGUCCUAGACAACCAGUUGCGAAGGGAGGGUUAAUGGCUCCUUCUAGACAUCCAGUCAGCAAGGAAACACAAGAUUUACUAAAAGUUAUGAUGCAAGAAUCGAAGUUGACAAAUUUUCAACGAAGACAAUUAAACGAACGUUUACGAGAAGGUGAAUCUUUUCCUACGAAUGUCAACCCAACGACUAGUGCUCGAAAAGAGCAAGCCAACGCAUCGAAAACUGCAGGCACAACAAAAAAUGUCAAUCAUAAAUCGUUAAACGGAGGAAAAAGAACACAGGCAGAGAUAUUAAGAAGAAAAGAGUUCGAUGAUGACGAACCAUAUAGACCACUACCUGGAAAAUGUAUCACGGAGAAAGACAAGAGAAUUUUACAAAAUAAGAUGUCGUACGGUGACGAAGGAGCGGCAUUGAUCGAACAAACACCGCAACCUCAAAAUAUUUCCAGAGGAGGAAGACUGGAGCCGGAGAUAGAUCGAUUUGACGAAGUUGUUGAAUUGAUCGAAGAACGAAAGCAAUUUCUCGAUGAUAUGGAAAAACUAGGACAAGGAAAAAAGUACCGAAGUUUGAUAGCUGCAGAAAUAUCUAAGGGAAUACGGGAACUCGAGCUUAUCGAUAAGAAACGGACAGAAGAACUUAACCUGGCUUUAGAAAACGAUACAAGCUCCACUAAGAAACGGACAGAAGAACUUAACCUGGCUUUAGAAAACGAUACAAGCUCCAAUACAACGUGAUAAUACUCUUUAGACAAUACAUUUAAAUGAAUUUAUUAAAGAAAUAAAAAGUCUGGCGUCUAAAGAAACUAGUUACUGCACAAAUUUUAUCACUGCGGAAUUUAAAUAUAUAAUAAAAUUUAGUUUCGUUCAUUUA